CUGAUUCUUGUGGGAGCAUGCUGUUCUGGAGGGGGUGAUGGUACUGAUCCAUAUGCAGAGGUCUCACUACAGCCUUUGCCUGAUUACACAAUCCCAUCUGAUGGAGUUACCAUGACUUGUAUUACGUGUACUGAUAAAGGCCGUAUCUUCCUGGCUGGGCGUGAUGGCCAUAUUUAUGAGUUGCAGUACACAACUGGUUCUGGCUGGCAUAAGCGAUGCCGUAAGGUUUGCCUCACUGCUGGAUUGGGCAGUGUCAUAUCAAGGUGGGUUGUACCAAAUGUUUUUAAGUUUGGAGCUGUUGAUCCCAUUGUUGAAAUGGUUUUCGACAAUGAAAGACAGAUUUUGUAUGCAAGAACUGAAGAGACGAAACUUCAGGUUUUCCUUCUAGGACCAAAUGGAGAUGGUCCACUGAAGAAAGUGGCAGAAGAAAGAAAUUUGUUCAGUCAUAGGGAUGUACAUUAUGGAGGUAGACAAUCAACAGGAGCAAGAGCCCCCAGUAGAUUGGCAAAGCCAUCUAUUGUUUGCAUCUCACCUUUAUCCACACUGGAAUCCAAGUGGUUGCACCUUGUUGCUGUUUUAUCAGAUGGCAGAAGGCUGUACCUUUCCACUUCUCCAUCUACUGGCAAUAAUGGCGGUGUUGGAGGUUUGGGUCAAUUCAAUGCAAAUCAUCAGAGACCAAACUGUUUAAAAGUUGUAACAACUAGGCCUUCUCCGCCCUUAGGGGUCAGUGGUGGACUUACCUUUGGAGCCAUAUCUCUUGCCAGUAGAACUCCAAAUGAGGAUCUCACAUUAAAGGUUGAAACAGCAUAUUCUUCUGCUGGAACUCUUGUCCUUUCUGAUUCCUCACCACCAACCAUGUCUUCUCUUGUCAUUGUGAAUAGGGACUCGAGCUCACAGUCAUCUGCUUCAGGUAGUUUAGGUACAAGCACAAGGAGUUCUCGGGCUUUACGAGAAAUUGUAUCUUCCCUACCUGUUGAAGGUCGAAUGCUUUUUGUGGCGGAUGUCCUACCCUUACCAGAUACAGCUGCCACUGUUCAGGCAUUAUAUUCAGAAAUUGAAUUUUUCGGAUUUGAAAGCUCAGGGGAAUCCUGUGAAAAGGCAUCUGGAAAACUUUGGGCUAGAGGUGACCUUUCCAUCCAGCAUAUACUUCCAAGACGUAGAAUUGUCAUUUUCAGCACUAUGGGUAUGAUGGAAGUCGUUUUUAACAGGCCUGUGGACAUUCUGAGAAGGCUGUUUGAAUCCAACUCCCCUAGGUCAAUCUUGGAAGACUUCUUCAAUCGAUUUGGAGCUGGUGAGGCAGCUGCCAUGUGUUUAAUGUUAGCUGCAAGGAUAGUUCAUUCUGAAACUCUUAUUAGCAAUGUUGUUGCUGAAAAGGCAGCAGAGACAUUUGAGGACCCAAGAGUUGUUGGAAUGCCACAACUUGAAGGUACCAAUUCAUUAUCAAACACUAGAACAGCAGCAGGGGGUUUUAGCAUGGGGCAGGUUGUUCAGGAGGCAGAGCCUGUAUUUUCAGGUGCACAUGAAGGGCUUUGCUUGUGUGCAUCAAGAUUACUUUUUCCCCUCUGGGAACUCCCUGUCUUUGUCAUCAAAGGUGGAUUAGGUUCAGUAGAUGCCAUAUCUGAAAGUGGUGUAACCACAUGCAGACUCUCUAUUGGAGCUAUGCAGGUCCUUGAAAACAAGAUCCGUUCCUUAGAGAAGUUCUUAAGGUCCAGAAGGAAUCAAAGAAGGGGACUCUAUGGCUGUGUAGCUGGUUUAGGAGACUUGACUGGUUCUAUAUUGUAUGGCACUGGUUCAGAGUUAGGUACUGGUGACAGGAGUAUGGUGCGGAACUUAUUUGGUGCUUACUCGCGGAAUUUGGAGUCUAGUGCUGGUGGCACAUCAAAUAAAAGGCAGCGAUUACCCUAUAGUCCUGCAGAAUUGGCCGCUAUGGAGGUGAGGGCAAUGGAGUGUAUCAGGCAGUUGCUUCUUAGAUCUGGUGAAGCUUUGUUUUUGCUACAGCUUCUUUCUCAGCAUCACUUGGCGCGCUUGGUUCAGGGGUUUGAUGCAAAUUUAAUGCAGGCAGUGGUUCAGUUAACAUUUCAUCAAAUUGUUUGUUCUGAGGAAGGUGACCGCAUUGCUACAAUGCUAAUAUCUGCACUCAUGGAGUAUUAUACUGGUCCUGAUGGCAGAGGAACAGUAGAUGAUAUUAGUGCGAGACUACGAGAAGGUUGUCCAAGCUAUUUCAAGGAAUCAGAUUACAAAUUUUUCUUAGCUGUGGAAUGUCUUGAAAGAGCUGCUGUAACUUCAGACCCUGUGGAGAAGGAGAAUCUUGCUAGAGAGGCCUUCAAUUUUUUAAGUAAAGUUCCAGAGUCUGCAGAUCUAAGAACUGUCUGCAAAAGGUUUGAGGACUUAAGAUUUUAUGAAGCUGUGGUACACUUGCCUCUGCAGAAGGCACAGGCUCUUGACCCUGCUGGUGAUGCUUUCAAUGACCAAAUUGAUUCCGCAAUUAGGGAACAUGCAGUUGCUCAACGUGAACAGUGCUAUGAGAUAAUUACUAGUGCUUUAUGUUCUCUGAAGGGUGAAUCUUCACAAAAGGAGUUUGGGUCUGCAGUUAGGCCUGCUGCCAUGCGACCAAUGCUUGAUCAGGCUUCUAGAAAGAAAUAUAUUUGCCAGAUUGUUCAGCUUGGUGUCCAAUCACCUGAUAGACUAUUUCACGAGUAUUUGUACCGGAGUAUGAUUGAUUUAGGCCUUGAGAAUGAGCUGUUGGAGUAUGGUGGUCCUGAUUUAGUGCCUUUUCUGCAAAAUGCUGGCCGUCAACCAUUACAAGAGAUCCGAGCUGUUUCUGCAGUAACAUCUGCAACUUCUUCCAUUGGUCAUUCAGGAGCACCCAUCACUUCUAAUCAAGCAAAAUACUUUGAUCUUUUGGCACGGUAUUACGUCUUGAAGCGGCAGCAUAUGCUUGCAGCUCACAUAUUAUUAAGACUGGCUGAAAGACGCUCCACUGAUGCUAGAGAUGUUCCUAGUCUUGAACAGAGGCGCCAAUAUCUUAGCAAUGCUGUUCUACAGGCUAAGAAUGCAAGUGAUAGUGGUCUGGUUGCAUCCACAAGGGGCAUAGGUACCUUGGAAGGAUUGCUAGAUUUGCUUGAAGGGAAGCUUGCAGUUCUUCGGUUUCAAAUAAAAAUAAAAGAGGAACUGGAGGCUAUAGCUUCAAGGUUAGAAUCUUCAUCUAGCAUGUCUGAGCCUGCCCAAAAUGGGUCAGUCCCUGAUAACAAUGCCAAUGCAGAAUAUGCAAAAGUUGCACAAGAAAAAGCCAAAGAGCUAUCAUUGGACUUGAAGAGCAUAACUCAACUGUAUAAUGAAUAUGCAGUUCCUUUUGAACUCUGGGAGAUAUGUUUGGAGAUGCUUUAUUUUGCAAAUUAUUCCGGUGACACUGAUAGCAGCAUUGUAAGAGAAACCUGGGCUAGACUAAUUGAUCAAGCUCUUUCGAGGGGUGGCAUUGCUGAAGCUUGUUCAUUACUGAAGAGGGUUGGUUCCCAUAUGUAUCCUGGAGAUGGAGCUGUUUUACCUUUGGACACUUUAUGCCUUCACCUUGAGAAGGCUGCACUGGAGAGACUGGAGUCAGGUGUUGAAUCUGUUGGAGAUGAAGAUGUAGCAAGAGCUCUUCUUGCUGCUUGUAAGGGUGCAACUGAACCUGUACUGAAUGCUUAUGAUCAGUUGUUAUCAAAUGGAGCUAUUCUGCCCUCUCCCAACCUUAGGUUACGCCUUCUCCGAUCAGUGCUACUGGUGCUUCGAGAGUGGGCAAUGUCCAUAUUUGCACAGAGGAUGGGUACAAGUACAAGUGGAGCUUCCCUUAUAUUGGGUGGAACAUUCUCACAGGAGCAAUCAACAGUCAUUAACCAAGGCAUUCGCGAUAAGAUCACGAGUGCUGCAAACAGGUACAUGACAGAGGUGAGGAGGUUGCCGCUCCCUACCAGCAAGACUGAGGCUGUUUACCGAGGAUUUCGAGAACUUGAAGAGUCUUUAAUGAGUCCUUUUUCUUUUGAUAGAUUCUAAUUCUUUCAUGUUCCUAAUUUGGUGUUGUAUUGUAAGAAAUGUUUCUUUUAGCAAAUAAAAAGCUUAUAGUUUGAGUAUAUGUUGGUGUAACAUUGUUCUUUGAAUUCUGACUGACUCAAAUGUAAAAUUAACUGGUUGCAUAGAAAAGUGUUGAUUGUUAACUUUUCAAUUACAGACCCAUUUUUAUUUGUAA